AUGGCUGCACCACCACCACCACCUCCUCCUCCACCACCUCCACCAUCAGGCUUAGGAAAUUUACCACCAGGUCCUCCUCCAUCGAUGCCACCAGGUAGAGAUGCAUUGUUGGGAGAUAUUAGAAAAGGUGCGAGAUUAAAGAAAGCAACCACCGUCGAUAAAUCCAAGCCCAUGAUCGAUUCUAAAGUAUCUGUAUCGGCAGCUCCCCCUCAAGCACUGGCAAAUAGUUCAGGAGCGACAAAUUCUUUACCCUCAGCACCUGCUGUCCCACAAUUGGGCGAUAUAUUUGCCAGAGGUAUACCCAAGUUGAAACAUGUAGACAAUAGGUCUGGAAUUGUGCCUUCAUCAGCUCCCAAAAUCCCAACGCUUAACACUGCACAGGUACCACCCAGACCAACAAAAACUGAAACGUCAGCUUCAGUCUCCACUCAAGAACCUAGUAACUUGCCACCACCAGUUCCACCAGUGGCACCUCCAAUCCCGUCGCAAGCGCCACCACCACCUACGAUUCAAAAACGUACUCCCCCAAAAGUGCCACCAACGAGACCUAAAAAGUCCUCACAUAUAAGGAAUUCAUCUCAAAAUAGCAAUAUUGCACAAGAACCUUCAUCAAAACCUCCACCAUUGCCAAGUGGUCCACCACCAGUACCAACAUCUGCGCCCCCUUUGCCAAACAGCAUCCCACCACCACCGCCACCAGCACCACCAGCACCAACAGUGCCAGAAGAAUUACAAAACCGAAACGAAGGAAAGGUUCCAACUGCACCCCCACUUCCAUCAGGAGGGUUGCCAUUUUUAUCUGAAAUAAAUGCUAAAAGAGAUGAUAAAAAUGUCAUAAGCUCAGCACAAAGUUCUAAUUCCGCAGCUAGUCCAUCGGUGCCUGGAUCAUUACCUCCUUCAAUUGCAAAGAGUUCGUCAUCAAAUGCGUCACGCGUACCAAACAUUCCACCAGCACCGCCAGCACCGCCGGCACCGCCAGCGCCUCCAAUUGCACCUCCGCUACCAGCAAUGGGGACUUCAAAAGAGGAGAAAGGUACACCCAAGACCAAUUCAAGCAGUAUUGCACCACCUGCAGCUGGAGGAUCAUUACCAUUUUUAGCUCAAAUUAAUGCGAAGAGGGAUGAUAAAUUUGUCGUGGAUGGAAGCAAUAAGAGCUAUACCACCAGAAACGAAGACACACCGGAGCCUCUGUCAGAGAUAUCAUCGAAACAAACACCAGAUACAAAACCAGUUUCUUUAAGUAAUGCAACUAGCAACACUGGUAAAUCCUCGAGUGCCGGAAAACAUCAUAUGAGUUUUAAUCCAUUCUCGCAUCAUAAAAAGCAGGAAAAUCAGACACCAACUGCCCCACCAAUUCCACAAAAUGUGCCACCGGUACCACCAAGUGGUCCACCUCAUGCAUCUGCUUCGAAUUCUGUCAAGGACGCACCACCAAUUGCACCACCACCACCAAGUGUACCUAGUGUUGUUCCACCGGCCCCACCUGCUCCGCCAGCAAUACCAAAUACCAUACCUCCAACAUUACCAACUUCAGAAUCUACUCAAAAUAACGCAUCUUCAGUGUCAACGGACAUACCAAGCAACGACCCACCUUCGCCACCGCCUUUGCCAUCAAGUUCUGCACCCCCACCACCCAGAACCAAAAAAGCUGCACCUCCACCCCCACCACCAACACAAACUACAGGAUCAGAAUACAAAUCCUCAAGCUCGACAUCAAGAGUUUCUUCUUCUAAUUUCAACGAUUUAGACUUGAGACAAAAUGCAGGAACAAACUUGAGAAAAAUUUCUGCACUGGCUUACACGAUAAACCCUCGAAAUGCAAGUAAUGGAGAUUCCAAACCAGAGAAAUUGGUAAUCGAUGACAAGAGAUUCAAAUUUGUUAAUGCUAACGCAUUACCCAAUCCAAGAAGAUUUGGUGAGAGAGGUGAAAAGGAGAAGUUGUACCCAAGUGGUAGAGGCUCCUCGGUGCCACUUGAUUUGAGUUUGUAUGCAUGA